UUGAAGCGGCGGUGGGGAAAGACCCAAUAACCAAAAGUAGGUGGUUGAGCAUCAGGAGAAAUAACCAUGCCUAAUCCGUGAAACUUGCACAUAUUGCAUCUCCACGCCGUGCACCGUUCAUCUCGUGGGCACAGAGGCCAAUUGGGGGUGAUACCUCAUUGGCUGGCGUGACCGCCCGCAGGGCUGCCACCUCCCAGGGUGGGCCCCGAUUGGCUAGACUUGCGCUGGCGGCUCCUGGGGAGAAAAUGGCCGCCAACCCUGCCCUCAGCUGAAGAGCUAAGCCCUGCUGUUUCCUCCCCCACCUCCCUAACAUCACUGUUCAUUGCUGUGUUGUGAACCGUGAUUCUCUCCAACCAAUUCGCUGUAGAGUACUAUGGCAAUGCAUGAUAUGAGUCGUGCCAAGGGUUUCCCCUGUAAAGAGUGUGAUAUGGUUUGCCCGAGUACUCCAAGUCUUCUAGAGCAUAUGAAAGCACAUUAUCAGCAAGAAGAGACCGGACGUUUUGAGUGUGAACAGUGUGGCCGAAUUUACAAGCACGCAGCCAGCCUAGCUAACCAUAAAAAAUCUCACGAAGUGGGUUCCUUCCAGUGUCCUGUUUGUACCCGUACCCUGCCCAACGCUGUAGCUUUGAAGAACCACUUACGUAUCCAUACAUUGUCCCCCAGUAGUGCACACACAGAAGAAGAGAGUGAAGAAGUAGCUGAAGAAGCAGGCCACGACGAGAGGGACUACGGUCUCGCCCAGGACCUCUCAGACGGGUUUGGGCGAUCCCAUUUGAAUAAUAGUGGCAUGGGACAUAGUGUCCUGCAAAGCCACGAGACAGACGACCACGGAAAAAAAGGCUCCCCUGAAUCAGACGACGCUUGGGACAGACCAUUCAAGUGCGAUCAGUGCGACAGAACCUACAGGCAUCACGGUAGUCUGGUGAACCACAAGAAGUGUCACCAACAAGGAACUUUUAAGUGCUCUGUGUGUUUCAAACAAUUUAGCAACCUGGCUGCCCUAAACAACCACGAAAGAACUCACUCGAAGUUCAAGACUCCCGGGGCAUCCAUGGUGAGCAGCAGCAGCAGUAGCAGCAGCAGCCUCCAUGGUUCGGAGCGCAGCAGUGGCACUCAGUCAUCCCAGAGUGACGAUACGGCCGCCUGUUUCUGCCACCUGUGCCAGGUAGCGCUGCCAAAUAAGGCAGACUUCCAGGAGCACAUUCUGCUGCACAACACAGCCUCGCCCUCCCUUGGUUUGCCUCGCAGUUUUCCAGGGAUCAUGCCUCACAAUCUGAGUGCAGUUCGAUCCCCAGCGUACACCCCCGCCCUGGGGGACCCUCUACCACUGCCACCCCUGCCUAGUGAGAAGAGAGGUCCCUAUGACCCCAUAAUGGGCCCUCCAGUCAACAAUCCCAUCUACACAUGUGCAUACUGUGGGGCUGGACACCCAGAUCUGGAGACGUUGAAAGUCCACUAUCUAACCCAUGACCCCCAUCCUGCAUCCCAUGGCCAGGACAGCUCAAUCCUGAACUCAGACACCCUAAGUUCUGGAUCACAGGGCUCCGUGUCUUCUCCCUCUGGGGGCCGUGUGCCCCAGGCCAAUUCUCCUGACGAUGGAGAGCGGCGCUUUAAAUGUGGGGAGUGUGGAAAAAGCUACCGGCAUGCAGGAAGUCUGGUCAACCACAAACGCUGCCAUCAGACAGGCCACUACCAGUGCACCAUCUGCUGUAAGCAGUACCCGCACCUGGCAGCACUACACAGUCACCUACGAAGCCACAAGGGACGUCCCUCCAACCAGCCUAUUAAUAACGACAGCAGUGACUGGCUAUCUCCAGAGCCAUUAACUCUGGACUCCCAGCAGAGCUACGUUCAGGAAGGCAGUGGUGCCACCACUCCAAUCUCACUGCCAGGGAAUCUUGGUGAUGCUGCCCACUUCGUACCAGAUGGUGGACACAGCAGUGGGUUGGACUCUCUUGAGUUCCAUGAUCGCUUUGAUGGCAGCUCACUUUCCCAGAGCAACUCUGCUCACCGUCAGGCUGACAGACAUGUGUGUGCUGACUGUGGGGAGAUGUAUGGAGACGUAUCUGGCAUCAAGUCACACAUGUGUCCCCGCCAUGGCCAGCAGCAGCAGGGCAAUAUGUCCAAUGGUUUUAUGGGGAACAUGAACUACCACAGCUCCAGUGGAACCUCGCUAUCUGCUGGAAGCACCAGCAGCCUGAAAGAAGGCGGCAGCCAGCGUCAGUACUCCCAGAGCGGAGGCAAGAGAAUGGGGAACAAUGACAAAGAUGACGAGGAUGAUGGAGAAGUGUAUCAAUGCUCGGUGUGCGGCAACCACUACGCCAGCCUCAGAGCUCUUAGGAGCCACCUGCGUAGCCAUGCCAAUAAUCCAACAGGACCAGGACCUUCCAACCUGGAGCAGGAUUGGAGAAUGAUCUGCUCCACCUGUGGCCAGAGCUUCUCCAGGAAGCAGGACCUCCUGAAUCACCAGUUAGUCCAUGGCCCCCAAAGGCCAGAUGGCCAGCAGCAGGGUAUGGGAGGCAGCUCAGCAAAUGGUAAUGACAAGAUGGACGGACGCAACCACAUUUGUGUUGACUGUGGCAUGUUUUUUGCUGACCGCCACCACCUCAUCACUCACCUGUGCCCUGGAAAGAAUCGCGCCAGCUCACUGAGCAAGCAGGGCCUGAAUGGAGCCAAAGGGAUGUCUGGAGGAGAUGGCGUCGGUGGUGGGGUCGCCGGAGGGAGCCGUGAUGUUGGCGGUGAUGGACGUAGGCCUAUGGUUGACCAAAGUGACAAGCCCCACAAGUGUGACCAAUGUGGACGAGGAUACAGACACCCUUGCUCACUCCUUAACCACAAGAAGUCCCAUAAGACUGGUGUUUUUCGCUGCUUGGUGUGCCAGAAACGCUACUACAAUCUGCUAGCCCUCAAGAAUCACCAAAGGACCCACUUUGACCUGAAGAGGCACAAGUGUGAAGAAUGUGGCAAGGCUUUCAAGAUCCAAAAGCAGCUGAUCAACCACCUCCGUCUCCAUGAGGAGCAUCGGGCCAAAGGUCUUGUUCGGACCGGCCCAAAUGGUUCCCGCUUCCAGCAGCCUGGCCCAUCUCAAAUGCAAACUAUGAGAGGAGAGUCAUCGAAGGGCCAGGUAAUGGGUAUCAAAUACAGCCAUCAAGGUUUCAAAAAACCCUAUUCUUCAGCUGGAACCUCGAGGCCUCAGAAGUUUGACCCAGCUGAAAGCGGACGGCGGCCUUUUGCCUGUGAAGAAUGUGGAAAGACGUACCGACAUGCAGGCAGCCUAGCCAAUCACAAGAACCUUCACAAAAUCGGGGAGUACCACUGCAAUGUUUGCAACUCUACAUACCCCAACAGGCUGGCAAUGAAAAACCACCUGCGUCUCCACUUCGCCCAGAAGAAGCACAACUGCCAAGAGUGUGGCAAGGGCUUCCGCACUCAGAGGCAGCUAGCCACCCACACUACAGCUGGCCUGUGCAAAGGCCCGCAGGGCCCUGGGGCCCAGAUGGAUUUUGAGUGUGAUGGCUGCUGUGAAGGCUUUGCCACGGCUGAUGAGCUUGCAGCCCACGACUGCCCAGCCCAGCACCUGCCUUCGUCGUCCUCCACCAACAGCUCCACCAACAUCAGCAUGGAGAGAAGCUCCGUAGACAUGGACUCUGAUGAGAGACCCUACGCCUGUGACCUGUGCAGCUGCGCCUACAAACAUGCAAGCUCCUUGCUGAAUCACAAGCACACCCACAAGACAGGCAACUUCAGGUGCAACUUCUGUGACAAGCCCUACACCAACUACAUGGCGCUACGCAACCACAUGCGCAUCCACACGCAGCGGAAGAAGCACAUCUGCCACACGUGUGGGAAAGCCUUCCGUCUGGCCAGGUUCCUCCGCAACCACCAGAAGGUCCACGAGGAAGGUGCUACCCCCUUUGGCUGCCCCACCUGUGGGAAGAGUUUCCAGGGGAGAUCUGGUCUGGCCAGGCACCGCUGCGGGGACAACCAGGUAGGCAUGGAAGUCAGGAGGAAGGCCACUGCACCCACGGGAGAGGGCGAAGAGUGUCGGUACACAUGUGAUCAAUGCGGCCGCUCCUACCGCCAUGCCAGCUCCCUUCUCAACCACAAGAACACCCACACUGUCGGCAUCUACCACUGCGCUGUGUGCCUCAAGACCUACUCAAAUCUGCUUGCCCUGAAGAACCACCGCCGUAUCCACUCAGAGACACGGCGCCACCGUUGCCACGACUGCGGCAAGGCCUUCCGUGUGUCCUCCCAACUCUACAACCACCGACGAGUCCACCAGAAGCAGCGGGAGCUGACCUGCCGGUCCUGCCAACGAGCCUUUCCUACACAAGCCAGCUUCAGGCUUCACAUGGAGAUUACGCACGGCCAGGCGCCACAGCCCCGCCAGCCCAGACCCCAGCAGCCCCGACCAGGGGGCUCCCAGGAGCUGGGCUGGGGGUCAGGCCUGGAUCUCACCUUGAUGCAAGAGCAAGGACUCAACCCCAGCAGCAUGGCCAAAGCCCGCAGCCGUGGGGACAACAGUGAGGUCAUCAAGUCCCACGUCUGUGACCAGUGUGGGCGGUCUUACCGCCACGCCAGCUCCCUGCUCAACCACAAGAACAGUCACAAGACUGGGACCUACUUCUGCAAUUCCUGCCAGAAGGAGUUCCCCAACCUGAUGUCCCUCAAGAACCACCGGAGGAUCCACACUGAGCCCAAACGUUACCAGUGCCCCGAUUGUGGCAAGUCCUUCAGGGUGUCCACACAACUCAUCUGCCACCGUCGCAUCCACACCAAGGAGAAGCCGUUCUCCUGCCAGCAGUGUGACAAGCGCUUCUCGUCCAAGUCCAACCUGAGGCACCACAUGAAGGUGCACUGGAGCAGCUCAACGGCGCCCCCUCCCAUGGCCGUGGGUGCGCCCAACUUCCUGGAUCUGAGUCCGGUGAGUUCACCCAGCAGCUCCAGGAGCUUCGUCUGCAGUCAGUGUGGGCGGUCUUACCGCCACGCCAGCUCCCUGCUCAACCACAAGAACAGUCACAAGACCGGGACCUACUUCUGCAACUCCUGCCAGAAGGAGUUCCCCAACCUGAUGUCCCUCAAGAACCACCGGAGGAUCCACACUGAGCCCAAACGCUACCAGUGCCCCGACUGUGACAAGUCCUUCAGGGUGUCCACGGCGCUCGUCUGCCACCGCCGCAUCCACACCAAGGAGAAGCCGUUCUCCUGCCAGCAGUGUGACAAGCGCUUCUCGUCCCGGUCCAACCUGAGGCACCACAUGAAGGUGCACUGGAGAGGUCCCACACUGUCCAGAGGGACAUCGUCAGCCUUCCUCACUGUCCCCUCCAGACCUUUCUAGACCUCACUGUUCUGGACCAGCAGGACGGGCUCGACAGUCCCAGAUCACAUCUGCUGUGAGGUUUUACCCUGAGGAAGAGUUUAAGGUUUGAGUCUUAGAAACAGCUGAAGACCAGAAGUUUACCCACUGCUGAAUAUUUACCAGAGUUUAGCGCCAAGUCUCCAUCAGUGAAAUACACGAGUGAUAAACAUCUGGAUUCAUGUGGUUUGAACUUUUGGAAUAUUUUAAACUUUUCUUUCUUCUUUCCAAACAAAUGUCAGAGAAAGAAAAACUUCAUGAUAAAACAACAAAAGAGUAAAACGAUUAAAAAACAUUAAAACCAGUGAAAACCGGUGAAAACCAUUCAAACAGAUGCAGAGUCCACACUGAGGCGUCUGCUCUGAACUGGUUCAGGAGUCGGUCACAGUCGGCUGCUCGACACCGUCUGUUCCAAUCAGCCCACACGGCUGAUCCUGAACACCCACUGAUGUGUGGAUGCUUUUUAAUGCCAGACACAAAUGUUGUGUUAUCAUUGUAUUGGAAUAUAAAUAUGUAACUUCAUUUAAUUUGAUGAUUUUCAAAGUCAAAUAUUUUAAAUCUGUAAAUGAUCCAGCUUCAACAGGUUUUUAGUUGUGCGUCCCAGUUUGGUUCAUACAAACCUCAGCUGACCUCUGACCUUUGAGUGAAGCUCUCAGAGUUUCUCUUUGUUUACUGACACUCAUCAGGUCACUUCCUGUGUCCACGGCUUCCUGUGUGUGUUGGAGUGAGGGCGGGACUUUCGGCACUCCGGUGACUGAUUGGAGUUUAGAAGCUUCAGAGUCGGUGUCCAUCGAUGUUCAUUGGUUCAGUGGAUGGUGACGCUGUAUAUGUUGGAUGUUCGGACCUUACAGACGUCUGGCUGUACAUCACACAGGUGCAUCAUGGUUCUUGUAUUCCUUCCAUGGACGGCAGGUUCUGCCACACCUCUGCUCCACGCCCUCUCUCCUACUCGCUGGUUUUACUUCUGAAGCUUCUGUGCAGUGAGAGUUUGUGCUUGUCCCUCUUCACUGGAGACGUGCAGAUGUACAGCAGACAGUAAACUGAGAAAAUGUCUUUUCCUGGGAGUUGGUUUGUCCACUGGUCAGAACUGAAGCAUGAGCCUGUGGAGGUGGUGUACAGACUUUCAGAGUACUCCCACCUUUUCCUCUGAGGAUGUAAAGGUGGACCGAUACCAGAGCGGGACAUUUGUGGACGAUUGGAGUCGUGGAGUGUCCAGUUCUUCACGGUGAGAUUCAGUUUAUUUUUUCAGUUUCUUCUACUGAUGAAAAACUUGUGAUUUCUUCUUAGAGUUAUUACAGCCAGGCUUAGAAAAAAUGAAAUUCGUUCGUGGCAGAGCUGAGCUUCCGUACGUCCCUGCUGCUCUCGGAGUUUCUCACUGUUCCCUCUCGGACUCGAUUCUUCAUGGAUUUCUGUCACCGACAAAGCAGAUGAUCGGGAGCCAUCCUGUUUUGUUUCUGAAGAAAUUCACUCAACCAGGCUUCAGGUUCAUGACGCAGCAGCGUCCUCAUCCUCAUCAGAUCACCUUUUCAUCACUGUUAAUCCGUGGAAGCAUCUUGUCUGCGGGGCAUCUGCGCGUCCUGACGCUGAGCCUGAUCUCUCAGCUCACAUGUACACAUGGUUAAAGCAGUGAUGUGAUGAUGGUGUGUCCUGUUUGGUCAGAAUCUCACAGGAGGGCGGGGACUUUCCACAUCACAGUGGAAACAGCUGCAGCUGCUGUGGCGGCCAUUUUGUUUCCUUUCUCCAAACCAACAUUUCUACAGCUCAAAGACAGAAAGACAUUAGAGACAUUUUCUCAUAUUUCUGACAGUUUUUCAUGAUUGUGAGACACUUAUGAGAAAACAGUCCCAUAGUUACAUGAUCUGUAUCCAGUAAUUAUGAUGUUGUUUUAUUGUAAUUAUGGGAAACUAAAGAUCUCUGAACUAUCAUGUUUAAAUAAAGGUUCAUGGAAUUACUUGAGCUUGUAAUGAUAAGAAAAUGAGGAAAUCCUAUGAUAAAGAUUUUGUAAUUUGAAAACAAACUUACAGUUUAAUAAUCAUGAAAUCCAAAUUGUUAUUGUGAAAAUAUGCUCUCAUAAAUAUGAAAAGGUUUUUUUUUUAUUCCUUUUGUUUAAGGAAUCAGUCAUGAGAUCAUAUCUCAUCAUUAAGAGAAUAUUUUCCCACAAUUACAAGAACAUUUUUUUGUGAUUAUGUUUCUUUGUAAAUAUGAGAUUAACAUUAUGAGAAACAAAGCGAUGAUAAAAAAAUAGGAGAAUUACAGGAAGUUUCUUGUAUUUGUAUCGAGAUCGUGCAGUUAGGAGAAAGUACAGAUCUUAAAAUUAUAAAAAAAAAAAUUGUCAUGAUUACAAAAUACUGUAUUUAAUAGUUAGAGCUGUGACGCCAAACUCAUGAGCUCAUUUUUCUCCUGGACACAAAGUGAAUUUAACGAGAGAAAACGAUUUGCUCGGAUUCGUGUGGAUUAGGCUGCAGGUGUUAGAAUAACGGUUUUAUUUCAGCUGGAUCUUUGGUGCAGUAGAAAGCGAGCAGUAGAAGUAUCGCAGUAGACUGUUGGUGCUGUGUGCUUAGAUGAUGUAUUGUGACUGUAGCUGUGUAUCAUAACCUCUGUGUGAGUGUGGGAAGCCUUUCUCUCUCUGUCUGAACCAGUGUUCAUGAAAUGUGAGAUUUUCUGAUGAAGCAGCUUCAAGUUGAUGAAAAUGUGACUGAAAAGCACAAAAUUUCAAUUUCAGAUUCCAACAUUACACAAACACACCUUUCCUUCUUUGCCAUGUUGGUGGUGUGUGCGUGUGUGCGUGCUCUCAGUUCUUCAUUGUCCUCAUUCAGCAUCAACAACACAUCGUGUUUCACCUCAGUGGAGUUUACACUCACACACACACACACACACACACACUUCAUGGAAGUGAGUUUUUUAUUUACAAUUUUAACCAUAAACCUCUAAUAUGGGUUCAAAAAAUAGAUCAGCCUCAGUCUCAUCCAGCAUCAGUGUCAUCCAGCAUCAGUCUCAUUCAGCAUCAGUCUCAUUCAGCCUCAGUCU